UAUGCUGAAACUUCUCAACCAGAAGAAAGGUCCUUCACAAUGUCCUUUGUGUAAGAAUGAUAUAACCAAAAGAAGCCUUCAAGAAAGUACUAGAUUUAGUCAACUUGUUGAAGAACUAUUGAAAAUCAUUCAUGCUUUUGAGCUUGACACAGGAUUGCAGUUUGCAAACAGUUACAACUUUUCAAAAAAGGGAAAUAACUCUCCUGAACAUCUAAAGGAGGAAUUUUCUAUUAUCCAAAGUAUGGGCUACCGAAACCGUACCAAAAGACUUCAACAGAAAGAACCCGAAAAUCCUAUCUUGCAGGAAAACAAUCUUAGUGUCCAUCUCUCUAAGCUUGGAAGUGUGCGAUCUCUGAGGACAAAGCAGCAGAUACAACCUCAAAAUAAGUCUGUCUACAUUGAAUUGGGAUCUGAUUCUUCUGAAGAUACAGUUAAUAAGGCAAGUCAUUGCAGUGUGGGAAACCAAGAAUUGUUACAGAUUACCCCUCAAGGAGCCAGGGAUGAAGCCAGUUUGGAUUCUGCAAAAAAGGCUGCUUGUGAGUUUUCAGAGGACAUAACUAAUAUUGAACAUCAUCAAUCCUGUGAUAAAGAUUUGAACACGAUUGAGAAGCAUGCAACUGAGAGGCAUCCAGAAAAGUAUCAGGGUAGUUCUGUUUCAAACUUGCAUGUGGAGCCAUGUGGCACAAAUACUCAUGCCAGCUCAUUACAGCAUGAGAACAGCAGUUUAUUACGCACUAAAGACAGAAUAAAUGUUGAAAAGACUGAAUUCUGUAAUAAAAGCAAACAGCCUGGCUUAGCAAGGAGCCAGGAGAGCAGAUGGGCUGAAAGUAAGGAAACAUGUAAUGAUAGGCAGACGCCCAGCACAGAGAAAAAGAUAGAUCUAAAUGCUGAUUCCCAGCAUGGGAGAAAAGAACGGAAUAUGCAGAAACCUCCAUACCCUGAGAGUCCUAGAGAUACCCAAGAUGUUCCUUGGAUAACACUAAACAGCAGCAUUCAGAAAGUUAAUGAGUGGUUUUCCAGAAGUGAUGAAAUUUUAGCUUCUGAUGACUCACGUGACAGGGUGUCUGAAUCAAAUGCCAAAGUAGCUGGUGCAUUAGAAGUUCCAAAUGAUGUAGAUGGAUAUUCUGAUUCUUCAGAGAAAGUUGAUUUAAUGGCCAGUGAUCCUCAUGAUGCUUUAAUAUGUAAAAGUGAAAGAAUCCACUCCAGACCAGUAGAGAGUAAUAUCAAAGAUAAAAUAUUUGGGAAAACCUAUCAGAGGAAGACAAGCCUCCCUAACUUGAGCCACGUAAAUGAAGAUCUAAUUAUAGGAGCAUUUGUUACAGAACCACAGAUAACACAAGAGCGUCCCCUCACAAAUAAGGUAAAGCCUAAAAGGAGAACUACAUCAGGCCUUCAUCCUGAGGAUUUUAUCAAGAAAGCAGACUUGGCAGUUGUUCAAAAAACUCCUGAAAAGAUAAAUCAGGGAAUUGACCAAAUGGAGCAGAAUGAUCGAGUGAUGAAUAUUAUUAAUAGUGGUCAUGAGAAUGAAACAAAGGAUGAUUAUGUUCAGAAAGAGAAAAAUGCUAACCCAGCAGAAUCAUUGGAAAAAGAAUCUGCUUUCAGAACUAAAGCAGAACCUAUAAGCAGCAGUAUAAGCAAUAUGGAAAUAGAAUUAAAUAUCCACAAUUCAAAACCAUCUAAGAAGAAUAGGCUGAGGAAGAUGUCCUCUACUAGGCAUAUUCAUGCACUUGAACUAGUAGUCAAUAGAAAUCCAAGCCCACCUAAUUAUACUGAACUACAAAUUGAUAGUUGUUCUAGCAGUGAAGAAAUAGAGAAAAAAAAUUCCAGCCAAAUGCCAGUCAGGCACAGCAGAAAGCUUCAACUCAUGGAAAAUAAAGAACCUGCAACUGGAGCCAAGAAGAGUAACAAGCCAAAUGAACAAAUAAGUAGAAGACAUUCCAGUAAUGCUUUCCCAGAACUGCGGUUAACAAAUGUACCUGUUUUUUUUGCUAACUGUUCAAGUUCUAAUAAACUUCAAGAAUUUAUCGAUCCUAGCCUUCAAAGAGAAGAAAUAGAAGAGAACCUAGAAACAAUUCAUGUGUCUAAUAGUGCCAAAGACCCCAAAGAUUUGGUGUUAAGUGGGGAGAAGGGUUUGCAAACUGAAAGAUCUGUAGAGAGUACCAGUAUUUCAUUAGUACCUGAUACUGAUUAUGGCACUCAAGACAGUAUCUCAAUAUUAGAAGCUAACAUCCUAGGGAAGGCAAAAACAGCACCAAGUCAACAUGCAAAUCAGUGUGCAGCAAUUGAAAACCCCAAAGAACUUAUCCAUGGUUGUCCUAAAGGUACUAGAAAUGACACAGAGGAUUUUAAGGAUCCAUUGAGAUGUGGAGUUGACCACAUUCAGAAGACAAGCAUAGAAAUGCAAGAGAGUGAACUUGAUACUCAGUAUUUACAAAAUAUAUUCAAGGUUUCAAAACGUCAGUCAUUUGCUCUCUUUUCAAAUCCAGGAAAUCCAGAAAAGGAGUGUGCAACAGUCUAUGCCCACUCCAGGUUGUUAAGGAAACAAAGUCCAAAAGUCACUCCUGAAUGUGAACAAAAAGAAGAAAAUGAGGGAAAUAAAGAGUCUAAAAUCAAGCACAUACAGGCAGUUAAUACCACUGUGGGCUUUUCUGUCCUUUGUCAGAAUGUUAAGAAGCCAGGUGAUUAUGCCAAAUUUAGCAUUAAAGGAGUCUCUAGGCAUUGUUCAUCAUCUCAGUUCAGAGGCAAUGAAACUGAACUCAUUACUGCAAAUAAACAUGGAAUUUUACAAAACUCAUGUCAUAUGUCAUCACUUUCCCCCAUCAGGUCAUCUGUUAAAAUUAAAUGUAAGAAGAACCUGUCAGAGGAAAGGUUUGAGGAACAUUCAGUGUCACCUGAAAGAGCAAUGGCAAACAAGAGAAUCAUUCAAAGUACAGUGAACACAAUUAGCCAAAAUAACAUUAGAGACAGUGCUUCUAAAGAAGCCAGCUCAAGCAGUAUUAAUGAAGUAGGUUCCAGUACUAAUGAAGUAGGCUCCAGUAUUAAUGAAGUAGGUUCCAGUGGUGAAAACAUUCAAGCAGAACUAGGUAGAAACAGAGGACCUAAAUUAAGUGCUAUGCUUAGAUUAGGCCUCAUGCAACCUGAAGUUUACAAGCAAAAUCUUCCUUUAGGUAAUUGUAAACAUCCUGAAAUAAGGCAAGAAGAAAAUGAAGGAAUAGUUCAGGCUGUUAAUACAAAUCUGUCUCUGUGCCUAAUUUCACAUAACCUCGAACAACCUAUGGAAAGUAGUCAUGCUUCCCAGGUUUGUUCUGAGACACCUGAUGACCUGUUAGAUGGUGAUGAGAUAAAGGAAAACACCAGCUUUGCUGAAAGUGACAGUAAGGAAAGAUCUGCUGUUUUUAGCAAAAGUGUCCAGAGAGGAGAGUUAAGCAGGAGCCCUAGCCCUUUUGCCCAAACAUGUUUGGCUCAGGGUCACCAAAGAGGAGCCAGGAAAUUAGAGUCUUCUGAAGAGAACGUAUCUAGUGAGGAUGAAGAGCUUCCCUGCUUCCAACACUUAUUAUUUGGUAAAGUAACCAAUAUACCUUCUCAAUCCACCAGACAUAGUGCUGUUGCCACAGAGUAUCUACCUAAGAAAACAGAGGAUAACCUAGUAUCAUUGAAGAAUAGCUUGAAUGACUGCAGUAACCAGGUAAUACUGGCAGAGGCAUCCCAGGAACAUCACCUUAAUGAGGAAGCAAAAUGUUCUUGUAGCUUGUUUUCAUCACAAUACAGUGCAGUAGAAGACCUGGCUACAAAUACAAACACCCAGGAUCCCUUCUUGAUGUUUGAUCCUCCUUCCAACCAUGUAAAGCAUCAGUCUGAAAACCAGGAAGUUGUUCUGAGUGACAAGGAAUUGGUUUCAGAUGAUGAAGAAAGGGAAACUGCCUUGGAAGAAUAUAAUCACGAAGAAGAACAGAGUGUGGAUUCAAACUUAGGUGCAGCAGCAUCUGGGGAUGAGAGUGAAACAAUCCUCUCUCAAGACUGCUCAGGGCCGCCCUCUCAGAGUGAUAUUUUAUCCACACAGGUAAAAAGCAUGUGUGGAUAUGGGUGUGUGGUGUCUUUUGCAUUCAGUGCAGUAUUAACUUCAGAGAAAAGUAGUGAAUAUCCUGUAAACCAGAAUCCAGAAAGCCUUUCUGCUAAGAACUUCCAAGUAUCUCCAGAUAGUUCUACCAAUAAAAAUAAAGAACGAGAAGUUGAAAGGUCUUCCCCUUCUAAAUCCCAGUUGUUGGAUAAUAGGUGGUAUGUGCACAGCCACUCCAGCAGUCUACAGAACAGAAACUGCCCAUCGCGAGAGGAACUCGUUAAGGUCAUUGAUGUGGAGGAGCAGAAACUCAAAAAGUCUGAGUCGCAUGAUUUAAUGGAGCAGUCUUAUUUGCCAAGGCAAGAUCUAGAAGGAACCCCUUACCUGGAAUCUGGAAUCAGCCUCUUCUCUGAUGACCCUGAAUCUGAUCCCCCAGCAGACCAAGCCCCAGGGUCAGCUCACAUUUGCAGCAUGCCACCUUCAAACUCUGCGUUGAAAUUACCCCAAGCUCAAGUUGCAGAGUCUGCCAACAGUCCAGCAGCUCCUCAUACUACCAAUAUGGCUGGGUAUGAUGUGAGCGAAGAAAAUGUAAGCAGGGAGAAGCCAGAAUUGACAUCUUCAACAGAAGGGAUCAACAAAAGGAUAUCCAUGGUGGUAUCAGGCUUGACCCCAAAGGAAUUUAUGCUUGUGCACAAGUUUGCCAGAAAACACCACAUCACUUUAACUAAUGUAAUUACUGAAGAGACUACUCAUGUCAUUAUGAAAACAGAUGCUGAGUUUGUGUGUGAACGGACACUGAAAUAUUUUCUGGGAAUUGCAGGAGGGAAAUGGGUAGUUAGCUAUUUCUGGGUGACCCAAUCUAUUAAAGAAAGAAAGAUGCUGGAUGAGCAUGAUUUUGAAGUCAGAGGGGAUGUGGUCAAUGGGAGAAACCACCAAGGUCCAAAGCGAGCAAGAGAGUCCAAGGACAGAAAGAUCUUCAGGGGCCUAGAAAUCUGUUGCUAUGGGCCCUUUACCAACAUGCCCACAGAUCAACUGGAGUGGUUGGUGCAGCUGUGUGGGGCUUCUGUAGUGAAGGAGUUUUCAUCAUUCACCUGUGGCACAGAUGCUCACCCAAUUGUGGUCGUGCAGCCAGACGCCUGGACAGAGGACAAUGGCUUCCAUGCAAUUGGACAGAUGUGUGAGGCAUCUGUGGUGACCCGAGAGUGGGUGCUGGACAGCGUAGCCCUCUAUGAGUGCCAGGAGCUGGACACCUACCUGAUACCCCAGAUCCCCCACAGCUGCUGCUGAUUACAGCCAGCCACAUGUGUAGAGCCACAGGACCCCAAGAUGAGCUUAAGAAGUGGUAUUUCCACUCUAACUCUCAGUCCUUCCACAGUCCCAGUUACUAAAUAUUUUAUGUACAUUGGCCUGAAAAGAAGUUCUGGCUAUGUAAGUGUCCCUUAAAAUUUUUCUACUUCAAGUCUCCCUUUGAAAUCUGCCAUGUGCACAAAAUUGUGAUAAUUUUCACCUGAGAAGAAGUUAAAACCAUUUAAAUCCCAGCAACUGAGCAAGGUCCUGAUUCAUUAUUUAUCAGCCCUAUUCCUUGUAUUAGGGCUAUUGGCUUAGGACUGGAGGCAGAGUGGCUUCUCCUCAGGAGAAGAGCUGUUUCCCUAAGUUUGUUUCUCUAAAACCCUGUGUUCAUAAAAGCCAAGAGUCAGGUCCUUCGAUGGAAGGAGAGUACUGGGGAUCUGUGAUGUAAUUUAAAUGAGAACAGUCCUUGGGCAGCUCUCAAAUGUUGGAGUGAAGCAUUAGGGAGGAAAUUCAGAGGAAGAUAAUGGAAAUGAAUAUGAAAGUUGAGGGUUGAUUAGAAGAGAUCUUCAAAAGUCUGAGCUGUAGUUACUGGAUUUCUAAAGAAUGUGCUCUGAAACAGAAUAUUUUGAAGAACCAGUGUCAAAAGAGUCUUCUAAUUCUCCAUCAGUAAUAAAUAGAAUGUUUAUUAUUGUACCUCUGGUAUGUAACCUAUUCCCCUUAAAAUAUAAGAUCUCUGUUAUGAAUAUUUCAUGUCUGUAAAAUGAUGGAUCCCACCAAGAAUGGAACUAUUGCUUUCUUUGAGGUAAUUUUUUUCCUUUUGCUCCCUACUGCUGAACCAUACAGCUUAAUAAAUAAUUUUG